AGAGAAAACUAACAAACGUUUCCUUCUUUCGCGCAUUCUAGAGUAUAGUUGAAAUCUCUGGGAGUUCCAGAAUAGUCGCUCCCACCUGAAAUCCAGGUGAGAACCGCAUUGGUUCCGCCUCCCCGCGAAGCCCCAUGGAGGACAAAGAGAACCAGCUGGAGAGGGACCACACUCUAGUUGUGGUUCUGCCAGGGGGGCAAGAGAAGACCACGACAGUCCAUGGAAGCAAGCCUGUGAUGGACCUGCUUGUCACACUGUGCGCCAGAUAUCACCUGAAUCCCUCAGAGCAUCACGUGGAUCUCCUCUCGCCCAAUAGCAACCAGAUCACGUUCAAACCAAACUCUCCCAUUGGGAGCCUGGAGGCUGAGAGAAUAGUCCUGAAGCCCAAGGAAAGCGAGGAGAAGGUCAAGAAGACCUAUAUUCCAGAGGCCACCGUACGACUGUUGAUUAACUACAGAAAGUCUCACAAAACGGUGGUGCGAGUCAACCCCAGAGUGCCCCUGGAGAACCUGCUGCCAGCCAUAUGCCAGAAGUGUGAGCUUGAUAUGGAGUCCACCAUUUUACUGAGAGACUCCAGUUCCCAAGAGCCCUUGGACUUGUCCAAGUCCUUGAACGGCCAUGGCGUGAGGGAGGUGUUUGCCAAGGACACAGCAGUGGUCAGUCUCACAAAUGUUGCCCCAUCACCAACACAAGAAGAUGUGGAAGACACUGACCUGCCAAAUAACGAAGACAAGGCCCCUAAGAAACAGAAGGAGAAAGAGAACAAGGGCUUUUUCAGCUUAUUCAAGAGAAGGAAGAACAAAAGUGAAAAGGGGGCAUCGGUGAGCGCCCCGGUCUCGCCCGGUUUGAGCCAGCGGGCGGUAAACACGUUGGCCACCCACACCUCCAACACGCUGCCCCUGGACGCGCCCAAGAAGAGGCGAGCCCCCCUGCCGCCCAUGGCCGCGUCCUUCAGCGUCCCCGCCAACCUCAUCGGCAGCCACCCUGCCUCUCGCCCCCUGGACCCACCUGAGGGACAGGCCGUCGGGCUGAGUCGUGUGUCCUCUACCGAGUCCUGCCUGAGGACCAAACGGAGAGCUCCCCAUCCUCCCGGCACCACACCUCACCACGCCCACGCCCCAGAACCUGAGGCGUCCCUUUACACAGCUGAGGAGCUGAGGGAGUGUGAGGAGAUCUCUCCAGCUCCUGCUCUCUCCCACCCCAGGGAGCACGGCAACCACCCAGCCCCAGAUACUGACUCAUCUGUGGGGGAAGUGGAGCCCCCUGCCCCCCUCUCCCUGGCUGAGAUCCUGACCUCCUCCCUGGUCUACAGACCCUCCGCCAGACCCUGUAGCCCUGCGGCAGGGUCCUCCAACGACGCCCUGCCAUCACAGCCUCAUCACGCCCUGCCAUCACAGCCUCAUCACAGUGUAGGUUUCACCCCCGCUGUCGGCAGCCCUGUCAUUCUCCGGGCGACGCCCGCAGGAGGGACCUGGAGGGGAGGCUUGACCACGUUCAGGGUGGUGCCUCGGGGCUCGUUUCUUAGGCAAAGGGCCCUGGAGCAGGAGACGGUGGGCUCACGCCAGGACCCCCCCUGUGCCCUCUCUGCAGGCCCUGCCAGGCCCCCAGACAGCCCUGCCAGGCCCCCAGACAGCCCUGCCAGGCCCCCAGACAGCCCUGCCAGGCCCCCAGACAGCCCUGCCAGGCCCCCAGACAGCCCUGCCAGGCCCCCAGACAGCCUGGCUCUGAGCCAGGAGGGGCUGGUGGGAUAA